AAAACCUGUUCAGUAUUCAAAAUGUGUUCUCUGCCGCUUCAACUCCUCCUCGCUAUUUUUCUACUUAAAAUUAGUGAUUGUCAAGAAAUCACUUUCAAAAAUGUGACAGUUGCGUGGUGGAACGAUACCGACAGCAAAAACGAAAUAAAAGUUGCUACUGCCGACAAUUUGAAGAAAAUAGUUCCUAGUGGAGAAAACGUGACAGUGAAGGUUAAUGGCGAUGUUUCUGUUUUAUAUGAACAAUCGAUUUAUGAUAUAAAUAAUUUGAACUCUCUGGAACUAAGUGAAGUCAGUUUGAAAGAAAUCAAACCGGGAGCUUUUGGAAAGUUACCACCUUUAGGAUAUUUGGAUUUAAGUAAGAAUAACCUAACUGAAAUCAAAAGUGGUACCUUCACUAACCUAAAUCUGUCCGUGAUGUCCUUGAUGUUUAAUUCGAUCAGAUCUCUGCAAGCUGAAGCUUUCAAGAAUGUCGUCGUUGAAGAACUAAAACUCAGCGCCAAUUCACUUACUGAAAUUCCACGUGGUGUUUUCGAAAAUGUGACACUCAAAAGCUUGUACUUGAAUUCUAACCCCAUCCACACUAUAUCACCGAAAGCAUUACCAACUUCGUUGACAGAUUUGGAUCUCUUUUACAACCAGCUUGAAUCAAUAGAUCCAGAAGUUUUUGAUUAUCCUGAAUUAACAUCACUCACUUUGGACCACAACCAAAUCAAGUUUUUGCGACCUGGCGACUUGAAAAACUUACCCCAACUAGAGGACCUAACUCUUUCAUAUAACAAGUUGACGGAAAUUCCAGAUGGAGUUUUCAGCAAUACGAACAUCGUGUUUUUGAAACUGAAUUACAACGAAAUUUCCACAAUUGCGACGAAAGCUUUUGACCAUAUGCCAAAACUCAAGUGGCUGAAUAUUUCGAAGAAUAAUCUAACUCGGUGGGAUAAUAACUGGCUAGCUGGAUCAUCAAAACUGUUUGUUUUUUCUGUUGAUUACAAUCAAAUUACUGAAAUUCCAGAUGAAGCCUUCAAGAAUUAUCAUGGCGUGUUUCGUCUUGAUCUUCAAAACAACAAAAUUUCGAGAAUUUCGGUGAAAGCUUUUCAUAAUUUGGGACAUAUUCGUUUGUUAGAUUUGGCUAAUAACGAAAUUGAAAGUUGGAAUCCAGACUUGGUGGCUAAUGUUAAUAUUGAUGAAAUUGAUCUCAGCAUGAACAAAUUCAAUGCCGAAAAAGGAUCUGAAUAAACAAUUUGGAGAUCUAAGUAUUUGACGAAUAAUUGUAUUUUAAUCAAAUUUGUUUCAAUAAAGAUGCAAUUGCUAUGUUG